GCAUUCAAAACAACCUUUAUUCAAACCGGCCCAGUCAGCUAGUGCAAAUGCCCUUGUCAGUGGACCUCGCAUUGAAAAUAGUAUAGAAUAACUAGUUAAUAUUGUUUUCUGGACAAAAUUUCUCUCAAGUUCGUACUUUAUAACAUAAAAGUUCUUUUGAGACCAUGGCUGCCAAGAUUUUGCCUGUAGUCAAGUUUGCCACUAAAGUGACCAUUGCAGGAGGAGCCCUUUAUGUGGCUUAUGAUUCAGGACUGCUUGGAGGUAGCGAGGAGGGGUCAGUCGCCUUGGGCAAAGCUAAAGCUGCAAUACCCCCUGCUGUGGAUGAAUGGAUGAAGUACUUUGGCUUUGAGCUUCCAGCCACACCCAAAAUAGAGUUCUCCCCACUGGAAGCAUGGAACUCGGGGGUCCAAAAGUCUAUCCACGCCUUAUCGGUUGCUCCAUCCACAGUGAAUGACUACACCAAGCAAGGCCUGCAAUAUCUGAAAAAUCUCUCAAAAUGAGCAUUUAAUGCAUAACAGUUUGCAUAAGACACUAUUGACAUAAAACUUCUCAAGAUGCAAUGGCUGAGAAGACGGUACACUUCAGGAAUCUUCAAGCAUAUGUUUUUUUUCCCCAUAUAUAUGUCACUGACUGAAUCCCAUAGGUGGAACAGAAAUGAAAGUUUGUUCACGAUACGAAGAUAUUAUGUCAACAACACCAAAAUGUAUGUGCUUUUCAUGUCCUGUUCACACUCUGCCUCUGGAUUAAAGUAACAGAAAUACACCUGUUAUAAAGCUGAGAUGAGUCCUAAUUUGAAUAUCGUAAUGUAAACAUGUUCUAUAUGUAUAUUAUUAUUUCAGCUCUAUUAUACAGUAUAUCUGGAAAAUGUCUUUAUCCUAGACAAGUCCAUCCAAACCCUUCCAAAUCUUUUAAAAAUGAUCGCAAAAAUAUAUAUAUAUUUUUAUAGUUGAACUAAUCCCAUGUUGCUUUGUCUAAUGUAAAAUGAAUUAAAUCUUAUUAAAUCUAAUAUUUUGA